AUGGUCUCGGCUGCACAUCGACUACGCAGGCCCCGUCGAAGGACACAUGCUACUGGUAGUCGUGAUGCUGAAACCAAGUGGCUGGAAGCCAUAUCGAGGCGGAGUACAUCAGAAGCCACUGUGGAAGCGUUAAGGGCCAUAUUUGCCUGGUUCGGACUGCCGCAUACACUUGUUUCAGAUAAUGGGCCACCGUUUGCCUCAGCCGAGUUUCAGAAGUUCGUAAGAGUGAACGAGAUCAACCACGUGAAAACAGUGCCUUACCACCCGCAGUCAAAUGGCCUGGCAGAACACGCGGUUCGCACGAUCAAGGAAGGCCUCCGAAAAAGUCGAGGGGGUUGCACCUUCAUUAAACAUCUCAGUCCGGUUUUAUGCCGCUACCGACGGACACCGGUAAAGGCUGGGAAGUCUCCGUCCGAACUACUGCUGGGUUACCAGUUACGGACCAGGCUAGACUGUUGCCUCCGGAGUGCAGGCAGUGAACCGCCUUUUGAAGACCGCUCCUCUACCAUGCCCUUCUGUGCACGACAGCCGGUGUGGCUGAGAAGUUUCCACCGCCGGCCAAAAUGGUUGCCGGGAGUAGUCACCAGUACCCAAGGGGCUCGGAUGGCGACUGUGUCCAAGCCGGACGGCGAGCAACGUCGUCAUGCGGACCAACUGCGGCUACACACACCGAAGGACUCAAAGACGACGCAGCCAGGGUGCGCCGUAACAUCCACCACCACCGCUAACAAAACCUCACCCAUGCCCGCAGGCAUGGCUGACCCUGCGCCGGCGGGUUCACCGCCCUCUAGCCAAGCCGAGACACCGCCGCCGCUUCGCCAGUCUAACAGGCUACGGCGGCCACCUCAAAGGUUCAACUGGUAA